AUGGCAACUACCUUGCUCCAGCUCUUGCAGGUUUCUACACAUUCCUGACAAUGAUCAUCCUUUUACAGAUCUUAAUUCCUAUCUCCCUCUAUAUAUCGAUUGAACUAAUCAAGUUGGGCCAAGUCUUCUUAAUUCAUAAUGAUAUUGACUUGUAUAAUGAAGAGCAAGAUUUGCCCAUACAGUGCCGAGCACUCAAUAUCACUGAAGACCUUGGACAAGUUCAAUAUGUCUUCUCUGACAAAACAGGGACACUGACAGAGAACAAGAUGGUAUUUCGAAGAUGUACAAUUAAUGGGAAAGAAUUUUCACAUCAGGAAAAUGCUAAGCGGUUGGAUUCAUACAAGGAAAUCGAUUCAGAGAAUGAAUACUGGAAAAAGCAUUUGAGCCUCCCUUCUAAAGUUGGAGAAACAACCACAGCAACACAGAGAAACAAUGCUAGGCCUUUGCAAAGAUGUCAUAGUGCUCGUCCCUAUUUUCAGGGACAUGCAAGAAAGAAAUAUCAGGGUCUCUGGGGAAUUGCUCCAUCUCAGGUGGCAUUUAGCAGCACCCUUGAGAAAGAUGUGACCCCUGACAACAGGCUGCUGAUGAAAAUGAAGGACCUCUCAUGCCCACCAGAAUCUUUGAAAUCCUUUACCACUGGAGAAGCCACGUCUUCCAUCACAGAUUUCUUCCUUGCUUUGACCCUCUGCAACACAGUAGUGGUCUCUACGGCAACUGAACCAAGGCAAAGGGUUACAACUCCAUCACUGAUGAAGCAGUCAGGACUCUCCCUGGAGAAAAUUCACCAGCUGUUCCAGUGGAUGAAGUUGGCAAGCCUCAGCCAGACAUCGGUUCAAUCGAGUUCAGACUUAGGAGAGAGUAUUAACACAGAGAGCAGCACUGCCUAUGCGGAAUCAAAAAUGAAAGAUGAAUGUCCUACUCAAAGCUGUUCUAGCUUAACAGAUGAUGAGAGUCUUGGAAGGGAGUCCUUCAGUGAGAACGACCUCUGUGGGGUUUCAGAUCCCUCCCCAAAUGAGAGGAGCUUUGCAGGCAGAGACCAUGGGCCUUUGCAGGGAGAAUUUUGUUAUGAGGCAGAAAGUCCAGAUGAAGCAGCUCUAGUCCACGCGGCCCAUGCCUACCAGUUUACAUUAGUCUCCAGAACUCCUGAGCAAGUGACUGUAAGGCUGCCGGAAGGAACUCUUCUAACCUUUGAUCUCUUGUUCACCUUGGGAUUUGAUUCCAGCAGGAAGAGGAUGUCGGUGGUAGUGAGGCAUCCCCUCACCAAAGAAAUCAUAGUCUAUACCAAAGGGGCAGACUCCGCCAUAAUGGAUGUAUUGGAAGACCCUACCAAAACUAGUGUGGCCAUGGGAAAAAGGAUACGAAGAGUGAGAGCACAAACACAAAAACAUUUAGAUUGGUAUGCACGUGACGGUCUGAGAACUCUAUGCAUAGGAAAGAAGAUUUUAAGUGAAGAGGAAUUUCGAAAAUGGCUCAACUUUCAUCAUGAGGCAGAAAUAGCUAUUGACAACAAAGAUGAACUUUUAAUGGAAGCAGCACAACAUCUGGAAAGUAAACUCACCUUAUUAGGAGCAACAGGGAUAGAAGACCGGUUGCAAGAAGGAGUGCCUGAUACCAUUGCUGCCUUCAAAGAAGCUGGAAUCCAAACAUGGGUAUUAACUGGAGAUAAGCAGGAAACAGCUGUCAACAUUGCCUAUUCUUGCAAACUUCUAGACCAAAGAGACACUGUCUUUACCAUUAAUACCGAAAGUAAGGAAACUUGUGAAUCGCUGCUGGAUAUCAUGUUGGAAGAGGUGCAGAAGGGUCAAGUAAUUCCUCGAAAAAUAUGGAGCAUUUUUGGCUUUAAACUGCCAUUUUCUUGGUCAACCACAGGACUUCCAAAUCCGAUUAUUGGAUUAGUAGUUGAUGGAAGAGCUCUGAAUACUAUUUUCCAAGGACAACUUGAGCAUAAGUUUCUUCAACUUACAAAAUAUAGCCACUCAGUUCUAUGCUGCCGAUGCACUCCCUUGCAGAAAAGCAUGGUGGUCAAACUUGUACGGAAUCAGCUGAAAGUGUUGACCCUUGCAGUAGGUGAUGGCGCAAAUGACGUAGGUAUGCUCCAGGCAGCUGAUAUUGGAAUUGGCAUUUCUGGACAAGAAGGUAUGCAGGCUGUCAUGGCCAGUGAUUUUUCAGUAUCUCAGUUUAAACACCUGAAGAAGUUACUUCUAGUCCAUGGACAUUGGUGCUAUUCUCGCUUGGGAAAGAUGGUGCUAUACUUUUUCUAUAAAAAUGUGACCUAUGUCAACCUUCUCUUCUGGUACCAGUUCUUCUGUGCUUUCUCUGGGGCUUCUAUGAUAGACUACUGGCAAAUGAUAUUUUUCAACUUGUUUUUUACAUCUGUACCACCAUUAAUUUCUGGAGUUCUGGAUAAAGACAUUUCUGCAGAAACCCUAUUGAACAUUCCUGCACUUUACAAAAGUGGACAAAAUUCAGAGAUUUACAAACCUCUAACAUUUUUCCUUGCUAUCUUGGAUGCCUUCUACCAGAGUCUCAUUUGCUUCUUCAUCCCUUAUCUAGUAUAUCAGGAUUCUGAUACUGAUGUUUUCGCUUUUGGAACAGUAGUCAACACUGGUGCCCUUCUUACUAUUCUUUUUCACCAAGCUUUAGAAAUUCAGAUGUGGACCCGGUUCCAUGGAAUUGCAAUAACUGGGAGCAUUUUGCUCUACUUUAUUUUCUCAUCCAUCUACAAUGCAACCUGUGUCCUUUGUAACCAUCCCACAAAUCCCUACUGGAUUAUGGAGAUGGAAUUUUCGGAGCCAAACUUUUAUUUCACAAUCAUUAUUAUGCCAGUGGCAGCACUUCUCCCAAGAUAUCUUAUAUUGGCUCUGCAAGGGACUUUCAACAUAUCUUGCAUCCUGAAAGCACAACAACUGGAGAAGUUGCCGAAAGAACAACAGGACUGGGAAAUACAGAAAUGGAAGCUGAUAAAAGAAGGCCCGGCAAUCCGCAGUAAUGGUCCUAGUCAACUCAGUGGAAAUAUUUGUGAUCACGCAGCACUUGGGCUUCCUGAGACCAAUGUUCCUCAGGGCCUCGGGCCUUUGCAGAAAGAAAUGCUUGAAGAAAGGACUUUGAAUGAGGAAGCCAAGGACAAUGCCAAAAAAUGCACCCAAGAAGAGACUGGACAACUUACAGCUGUGGAGCCAUUUGCUGACCAAAUCCCCCAGAACCCUGAAAGUUCUGCUCAGAGAAGCCAUCAGAGGUCUGUGAGUGCAGUGACUUUAUGA